CGACCGAGGCGGCCGUCUGCGGCAUAGAGGAGGGGAGAAGGGAGAGAGAGAGAGAGAGAGAGAGAGAGAGAGAGAGAGAGAGAAGAGGGAAGAGAGAAUGGCACUCGAGCUCCUCCUCCUGAUCUCCACGGCCGUAAUAGCCGUCAUAAUCUUCUUCGCCUUUAGGAGCAACGGGAAUGGAGACGGCAAGGCGUAUACACUGCCACCGGGCAAGAUGGGUCUGCCUCUCAUCGGCCAGACCAUUGCUUUCAUGCAGCCUCAUUCCUCCGCCUCCUUGGGAGACUUCAUGGACCGAAGCGUGGCCAAGUACGGGAAGAUCUUUAGGAUGAACUUGCUGGGGAAGCCGACGAUCGUGUCGACCGACCCGGACUUCAAUCGGCUCAUCCUGCAGAGCGAGGGACGGCUGUUCGAGAACAGCUGCCCCACCAGCAUUGCCGAGAUCAUGGGAAGGUGGUCGAUGCUGGCGCUGGUGGGGGACAUCCACCGGGAGUUGAGAUCCAUCGCCGUCAACUUCAUGAGCAACGUGAAGCUCCGGACAUACUUCCUGGGAGACAUCGAGCGUCAGGCCGUGAAGAUUCUCGACUCGUGGACGGAGAACGCCACCUUCUCCGCCCAAGAGGCGGCGAAGAAGUUUGCCUUCGGCCUGAUGGUGAAGCAUCUGAUGAGCAUGGACGAGAGCAUGCCGGAGACGGAGCAGCUGAGGAGAGAGUAUCACACCUUCAUGAAGGGAAUGGCAUCCAUCCCUCUCAACUUACCGGGCACCGCCUACAGAAAAGCCUUGCAGUCAAGGGCCAUUAUCCUCACGAUCAUGGGGCAGAAGCUGGACGAAAGGAUCACUAAGAUCCGCGAGAAAUGUGAGGGGCUUGAAGAGGAUGACCUCCUGGCAUCGGUGUCGACGCAUCCAACUCUCACCAGAGAACAGAUCCUUGACCUGAUACUCAGCAUGCUCUUCGCCGGCCACGAAACAUCCUCCGGUGCCAUCUCUCUUGCCAUCUAUUUCCUGCAGGCCUGUCCUAAAGCGGUUCGACAACUGCGGGAGGAGCACGCUGAGAUCGCGAGGCUGAAGAAGGAACGAGGGGAGACCGCACUGACCUGGGAUGACUACAAGAAGAUGGAGUUCACGCAUGCUGUCAUCAAUGAGACGCUAAGGCUAGGCAACAUCGUCCACUUCCUGCACCGGAAAGCCAUCAAAGAUGUCCAGUACAAAGGUUACGAUAUUCCAUGUGGGUGGGAAGUGGUUCCUAUAAUCUCAGCAGCACAUCUGGAUCCGUCGAUCUACGAUGAACCACAGUGUUACAACCCAUGGAGAUGGAAGGCUAUCCUUGCGACCGUGACGAAGAACAGCAACGUGAUGUCGUUCAGCGGCGGCCCGCGACUCUGCCCUGGAGCAGAGCUUGCAAAGCUAGAGAUGGCCGUCUUCCUCCACCACCUUGUCCUCAAGUACGACUGGGAGCUGGCCGAGCGUGACUUCCCCGUCUCCUUUCCUUUCCUCGGCUUCCCCAAGGGCUUGCCCAUUAAGGUUAGGCGCUUCGGUGGUAACCAAGUGGCUUAAGAUCAUUAUGGAGACAGAUGCGGAUCAUAGCAUUUGUGAAUCGAUAACGUUUCCGAUUGCUGCGCUGGUAAUCGGAAGCAUGCGUAUCUUAAUGGUUCUGCUGUGACAAGCCAAAGACUUGCUCCACCGGAAAUCUACAAUGUAUCCUUUACUUAUGAGCAUCUCUAUGUUUCUUCGGACCA